AUGGGAUGUAAAGCUCGUCAUGCUUUCAAGAUCAGCCAAAGGGUUUUUGAACUCACAAGGAGUGGGAGUUCUACUGAGCCUUUCAAGUCCGAAGGAAUGGUUUUAUCAGGCUUUGAUACUUCUAAAGGAAAUGCACAAAAAGAUUGUCAGGAAGCUUCUUCUUGCUUACUUUUAGGAAAAGAUGACGAAAAUAUUGUCUGUGAUGUUCUGGCUGAGUACAAGUAUGUGGGUCCAAACCAGAGAGCAGACUUGAUGCUAGCUUGCAGGAUCCGAGAACGGAAGGAAUCUGUGACAGUGCUGCUGUGUGGCACUAGCGGUUGUGGCAAAUCCACAUUGUCUGCAUUACUGGGAAGUCGGUUGGGAAUCACAACAGUUGUGUCAACUGAUUCUAUUAGGCACAUGAUGAGAGGUUUUGCUAGUGAAAAGGAAAACCCCUUGUUAUGGGCCUCUACCUACCAUGCAGGCGAGUGUUUGGAUCCUGUUGCUGUUACAAAAGCAAAGGCAAAGGCAAAAAAGAAAGCAAAAAAGAUGGCUAGUGUAUCACAGUCGCUCCCUAAGGAUGAAGUAACUGAGGGUCACACCUUAGGCAAAUCUGACAUACAUGCAUUGGAGGCGGUCUGUGGUGCGACUGAACUGUUGAAUUCAAAACAAAUGGCUGUUGAAGGAUUCAAGGCCCAGUGUGAAAUGGUGAUUGACAGUCUAGAUAGGCUAAUCACUGCAUGGGAAGAGCGAAAAGAGUCUGUUGUUGUUGAGGGUGUUCACUUGAGUCUCAACUUUGUUAUGGGGCUUAUGAAGAAACAUCCUUCAAUCAUACCCUUCAUGAUAUACAUUACAAACGAGGACAAGCACAUGGAACGAUUUGCCGUACGUGCAAAGUAUAUGACCCUGGACCCAGCUAAAAACAAAUAUGUGAAGUACAUACGAAAUAUAAGAACAAUCCAGGAUUAUCUCUGUAAGCGGGCAGACAAACAUUUAGUUCCCAAAAUAAACAAUACAAAUGUUGACAAGAGUGUAGCAGCCAUCCAUGCCACCGUGUUCAGUUGUCUACGUAGGCGUGAAGUUGGGGAACAGUUGUAUGAUCCUAGUAGAAAUAUUGUAACUAUUAUUGAUGAUGAAUAUAGAAAUCAAUGUGCUGCCAAUUCUUUGAGCUCAAAAGGAAUGUUUCAAUUGAUCCAAAGACAAGGUUCUUCAAGGCAUCUUAUGGCUCUUGUUAAUAAUGAUGGGUCAGUGGCAAAGGCUUGGCCUGUUAAUUCAGUGGACUGUAAUGGGAAGCCUAUAUGGGGCCAUGGACUAGAGAAGGAAAUUGGAAGUCCAAUGUAUGGACCCUUGCGGAUCGGUAGUAGAUAUGUUUCCUCCUGCUGUAGUUCACCAAGGAUGUCCGAUGGACCUUCAAAGGAGCUUAAGGAGGACCUUUCAGUGCAUGGUAGUGAUGAAGAGAUUGAUGAUCAAUUAGAGGCGGGAAGUGAUGAUGAUUUCAGUGACGACGGUGACAAACAUAUUCAUGAGGAGGUAGGCUCAGUUGAUGAGGAAUCAACGAAGUCUGAUGAAGAAUAUGAUGAUUUAGCAAUGCAAGAUGUACUUGAAAAUGGAUAUUGUUCAGAUGAUGAUGAAGAGUUCAAAAGUAAAGUCGCCAUUGAUGAUGGGGACCUAGGAACUAUAAUGCAGGAAAAUAAGUAUCGUCAAAACCUGGAUCUCUUCCUUAGAACCAGAAGUGAGCCAUUGCCAGACUCUUCCUUCUACCCAUAUUCCUCUUUGCUUAUGGAAAAGGUUGAAAGGAGAUUGCCACCAUCUGGCAAAGCCAGAUUGAAAAAACGUUCUCUUAGUAUUUCAGCAUUGGGGAAGGGUAGUUCAACAAUCCAGGAUCCUAUUCCCUCUGGAGCUCCUCAAAGGUAG